UCCCAGACUGAUUCUGUCUCUUCAACUACCCAGGGAAGCAAGGGGACAGUGGAAAGGCUGUGUGAUUUGUGUAACUUAAGUUAACUCCCUGGUGUAGCUUUGGUCCCCUCACAAAAUGACUAAGAACUUCAGAGCAAAAGGUAAAGCUGAAUUUUAUGCUCUGCUUGCUAAAUACAAUGCCACACCUUCUCCAGGGGGAGAAGAAUGGGCAAACUGCAAUUGGGUUUAACUUAGAAAAUGUUAUUGAUAGAAUAUUUUCUUUGCAACAUGAAUCAAAAUUUAAACUGGGCACAAAUAAAACCAUCCUCUGCUCACUCUUGGGUGCCUGCCUCACAGCAGCCAUAGAAACUCGCUUUAAGCGAAAAAGUGAGGAAAAUGCUAUCAUAGACUCCCUCCAAAACCUAGUUGAAGUUUUGCAAAAACAAUUGGAUGAAGAAAGAAAUGUAAAUAUCUUGUUACGGACUGCCCUGAGAGAGGAACAUGUUAAAAAUUCACAGAACUCUGAUUCCUCAAAAGAAACAGAGGAGAAAGAAACUCCUCACACUAGUCAAAAUUGUUCUCAAACAGAAUUAACCCUGAUGAAAAAUUGCGGGAAACACUGCUGUAACAACAUAAAACCUCUAAUUAAAACAGAAUGCAAUUAUAUCAAUAAUGAAGAUCUUAACCCACACAAAACCACUAAAGAAAUCCCGUACACUGCUACUGAAUUAACAAAACUUGCAAAGCAGUACGGGCUUCUCCCUCAAAAAUCUGAAACAGAACACAUUUGUCAAGUGUCUCUCACCGGGGGAGAUCAGAUUCUCUUGUCAGAACAAGGAGCCGGUGGGUGCUGGGGACAUGGGGUGCUUCUAGCCACAGCAGACAGAUGCAUCCCAUGGUCCCUAACUCAGCACACAGCUCUUUGGGCAGGGGGUUCAACCCCUUGGGAAAAAGAGACCCUUUGGUCGGUACCCCCGACUAACUCUGGGAAAACAUUCACAAAUCCGGCUGCCUGCAAUUGAUUAAUGAAAAGAAAUUAAUUCCCGGUUUUGAAUCUCCAAUCCUAUCACCUGUAAAGCCUGAAAUUAUGACCUCUUUAACUCAAAGGCUUCCGGGAAAAAUUAAACCUACAGCAAUUCUCCUUCAGAAAACCAUAGUAGCUCUGUCUCCUAUAGAAAGACUAGAUAAAUUUCUUAGUAACCAGAAUGACCCUUUUGUUCUCCUUUAUGACUUGCUGAGAAAAAGAAUCAAAUGGGAUUGGACUUCUUCUCAAAAGGAAACAUUGCAAUUGCUGAUUCUUGAAGUGACAGCUCAUCAAGCACUGGACCCUAUCCAUCCUACAGACCCCUUUCAGGUGGAGUGGGGAUUUGCCUCCUCACAACUUUCAGUACACAUUUGGCAGCAGGGUCCUGAGGGUCUGAAAAAGCCUGUUGGUUUUUAUUCCUGUGGUUUCAAAGAUGCUGAGAAAAGGUACACUACCUGGGAAGGGGGAGUGUUUGUGGUUGGCUUGGCUCCCAGGGAGGUGGAGGAGAACUGGGCAAUCCAAGAAACUGGGAGCUUGGGUAGCAGCCAAAAUAAACCUGCCUCUGUGACUAAAGCAACCCCUCCUCUCUCCCCCGCUUCUGCUAACAGAAAGGAACAAGACAAUGUCCAGGUUGGGGAACUGUUAACUGUUUGGAGCAUUUUCCAAAGUGAGGGACAGAAUUGCUUUCUUGUCUGUAUUAACACCAAGUCCUAUGCUAUGUUUAUAUUUGGGUUGCUCCACGCUGAUGCUUUUAAAAGAGAUACAGGAGAUAAUACUGUUAAAGCAAUGCAGGGAUGGUUUGGAAUUUUCCUAAAGCCACAGGAAAUUCAAUCUGAUAAUAUUUCUCACUCUACUGUCAAAGGUGUGCAGGAUUGGGCAGAAGGUGAAAAGAUUAAAUGGAUUUCUCACGACUCUCACUAUGGAUGGGGGGCAAAUGAGUGUUCCAAAAUCACUGCUUUUUGCCCAACAGCUCCAAGCACAAUUCCUUCACUACAGAGACCAGAUGAUGAUUUCAAGAACCCAGCACAUUACCCUGGACAGCCUGUUUUUGGUGGACCCCCCGCUGCUGUAGGGGAAGUACCACUGCUGUUCAAAACCUCUCUGACAAUUCCAUUGUUCUAACUUUUUCUGCCUCUUCGUGGCAGAGUCUGUUGUGUUUACUUUUUCAGAAGAACUCCAAGGGACAUGAAGACCUGAUAAACCAUGAUAACACUAGUGACGGACAACAGAAAUAAUGCUUUCCCCUCCUUUAUGUUAACACCAGCUCCAGUCAAUUCUCACUACCUGUGGCAAUCUAACUACACACUGAUUCACAAACUGAUGUCUACUCCUAUUGAGAUGAAUCUCACUCUGGUAAAACAACUGCUGCUCCAUCAGAACUUGGUUGAAAUCCUGGAGAAGUUCAAGGAAAGCGGACAAGAGACCCGGGUGACUGUUCAUCACAAUCAAUCCUAGUCGUUAUGAAUUGGAAGAUGGUGAAACAGCUGACAAGAUUGACGUCUAUAGUUAAUGCACACAAUUUGGCUGAUGUCCCCUGCACUGUGGAAAUCCCCGAGACAUUUGACACAAAGCAAUUAUGAAUUAAGCAUAUGUGUUUUAGAGUAAUCCUGAUUUUCUUUUAUGAUUUUGUGAAAAUUACUUUUGAUUUUUAGUGAAUUGUUUUAGAAAAUUAUUUUAAAGUUAAUGCUUGUAUUAUGAUUUAUUACUUUUGCUGUUGAUUAUUUGUGAUUUGUUUUAACCAUCUCUUGAAAUUGUUAUAAAAAUAAUAUUGUUAAUUAAUUAAUUAUUUUUUGAAAUUGUUAUAACAAGAAUAUUAAUUAAUUAGUUGUAAUUAAUCAAACACUUCUGAAAAAUGUUAUGAUAAUCAAUAUUAAUUAUGUUUGUUUAUUGUCUCCCUUUUUUCCCCUUCUUUUUCCUAUCCUUUCUCUUCCUCCUUUUCUCUUUUCUGUCUCUCUGACAUACUGUCUCUGCUUUUCCGGGUAUGCUACCAACGUACGGCAAGACUGAUCAGCGACACUCCAGAGCCCUGCUGACGAAGAUCCCUUCAAGACAAUUGUGAGUCACGAGGUCGUGUGAGAGUCUGUCCAAAUUUUCCCUCAUCUGCCUCACGAUCGUCCUUGGGAGACCACUGAAGAGAAGACCCCCCUAUUUAGAAUCUGGCUCUAAAGGAGAAAAGUCACAUGCCAUAGGCCCUGAGACCUGAAAGCUCAGUGUUGAGCUAUUGUUUUCACAAGUGUGUUUGCUUUAUGCUAAGAAGAGAGCACCGUGCCCCGUUAGCAACAAUAGCAGCUCUGGAAGCUGUCCCACCUCUCGGCCUGGCUGGACUUCUCCUGAUUUUCAGGUUGUCUCCCACCGAAGACCCUCACCUGUUUUACAACCACCGUGACAGACAGACAGAGAUGUGAGAAGCUUUUCAAUCAAGGACUGAGACAUGAAACUCCUAAAAGGCCCCUCUGCUCCUUCCAAGGACUGGGACUGAAACCCCCAGCCCGGGGGAGGUGUGUGGGGGAGGCAAGCUGACCAAAGCGAGAUGUUUGCCUGCAGAUUGUGACCACUGGAGAAAGAAAACAAUGGCUCUCAUUUACUGCUGAGAACAUGGACUACCUGUUACAUCUGUUCCCUAUUGUAUCUUUUCUCCCCCCCCCCUCACAAUUUUCAGUAAUAAAAUCCUCUGAGUUAGCUACAGCCUUUGAGAUCUCCCCAGCGUAGCAGGCGGAUCCUCGGCUGGACUGCACCAAAGGACUUCGUCUCUGCGUUGGUAGCUAUAUCCCCUCUCUCUCUCUCUCUCUCACCACUCUUUCUCUCUUUCUCUAUCUUUUUUUCUCCCUUAAUCCCUCUAUCACAUUUUUGCUGUGGUUAUUUCAAUAAAACUGCAUUUGAUUUGAUUAUCACUGCAAA